AUGCGUGACGGUGGGCAACCAGCGUGCAAUCGGGGGAAUGGGGGCCAGAGCAGGUACACCCUCUUCCACUGGCUGGGCGCCUCUGGCGGAGAGCCGACACCUCAGUCAGGCCCAGUUCUCACGGGCCUCCCACGUCGAAUCCUGGACACUGUCAGGCCCAAAUGCAGCUCACAAGCACCAGCGUUUGGCAAAUGGCAGCACACCCGGUUCCUGACCCAAUCGGCAGCAGUCGAUACACCAGUUUCAGCGGUGAACCUGACCCUGAACCAUUCCACAACUGACCCUCACAUGUGCGUGGCUGAUCCAGGCCGACAGACCCAUCUUACCUUUUGGCUCUGGCGGGAAGCCGGCUUAAGGUUGAGCCUUCUGUUAGCUUCUUCAAGCAUCACUUGCAGCUGGACUAUGGGUACUGCCGAAGUCGCGCUGCCAAUCGGUUCCCUGCUGGACGAAUCCCCUCCGUCUGAGGUGAUCCACUGA